AUGAUUGGCUGUACUGUUAGGAUCAUAACCUUAAAAUAAUUUUAGAUCAAAGUUUGAUUGAGUUGCAAUAUUUGGAAAACUUGUACAGAUUUACAAGAUUAAAAUAACACAAAAGUGUAUUAGUUUUAAAAUAUAUUUUUUUCAAAAUGCCAUACGCUAAUCAACCAUCCGUACACAUAUCAGAUUUAACAGAAGAAAAUGUGAAAUUUCAAGUAGAAGAUACAGAAUUAAGUGUAGCAAACAGUAUGAGAAGAGUAUUUAUUGCUGAAACACCAACAAUGGCUAUUGAUUGGAUACAGUUAGAAGCAAACUCAACAGUUUUAAGUGAUGAAUUUUUGGCACACAGAAUUGGAAUGAUACCUUUAAUAAGCGAUGAUGUUGUAGAUAGAAUACAAUAUACCAGAGAUUGUCAAUGUAUGGAUUUUUGUCCUGAAUGUAGCGUUGAAUUUACUCUUGAUGUAAAGUGUACAGAAGAUCAAACAAGGCAUGUUACAACUGCUGAUUUUAAAUCAAGUGAUCCUAGAGUAUUACCCGUUACAUCAAGACAUAGAGAAGACGAUGCUAGUGAAUAUGGCGAAACUGAUGAAAUUUUGAUUGUAAAAUUACGGAAGGGACAAGAAUUAAAACUAAGAGCAUAUGCAAAGAAAGGAUUUGGAAAGGAGCAUGCAAAAUGGAAUCCAACUGCAGGUGUCAGUUUUGAAUAUGAUCCAGACAAUUCAAUGAGACACACUUUAUUUCCAAAACCAGACGAAUGGCCAAAAUCAGAAUAUAGUGAAUUAGAAGAAGAUCAAUAUGAAGCACCUUUUAAUUGGGAAGCAAAACCAAAUAAAUAUUACUUUAAUGUAGAAAGUAGUGGAGCAUUAAAACCAGAAAAUAUUGUAAUGAUGGGUAUUGCUGCAUUAAAAAAUAAGCUAUCAAACUUACAGACUCAAUUGAGUCAUGAAGUACAAAGUGAUGCUUUAAGUAUACACCAUUAAAUAAUCAUUAAACAUUUACUAUAUUGAUCAGUAUUAGAGAUUAUUUUAAAUACUGUUGAAAAGCAAAUACGUACAAAUAUAUGAAGUAAUAAUAGUAAGAAUUGGCCUACAAACAUAAUUUGUUAAAACCAUGUAAAAAUUAUUAAUAAACAUAUUAUAUAAGAAUGCAAA